UUGGGUAUUGAUUUUUUAGCGUUAAAAAACUUUUACUUCCUUCCUUUUCUCGAACCUCCUCUCCCUGACAAUUCCACCCAUCUAAUCCUUUUAUCCUCUGUUUAUAUUAUAUUAUCUUCUCUUCUUUUCUUUCUCUCUCUCUAUUAUUGUCAUAACCUAACAGCAGCAGCCGACACCAAAGAAAGAACACCAUCACAUAUCUGAAACUGGCCCGGGACGAUAAAAACCUGACGAAACUUUAAAGAUACCCUUAAUUUUCAGAGCUUCAUUGAGAGUUAUGUGUUUUUUGUGAAUUUUACGAGGUGGGUUUUUGAAAUUGAACGUAAAGUUUUGAUCUUUUUGAUGGGUUUUGUUGUGGGUGGCAAUGAGUGAGGAGGAUAAAAGCCAUCAGUUUUGAUGAGGAUACUCUGUGAUUCCUGCGAAACUGCUGCAGCAACUCUGUUUUGUGCAGCUGACGAGGCUGCUCUCUGCACAGCCUGCGAUGCAAAGGUGCACAUGUGCAACAAGCUUGCGAGCCGCCAUGUAAGGGUUGGGCUCGCAAAUCCAAGCGAAGUUCCUCGCUGUGAUAUAUGUGAAAAUGCACCAGCUUUCUUUUGGUGUGAGAUAGACGGGAGUUCCUUGUGUUUACAAUGCGAUGUGAUUGUUCAUGUGGGAGGUAAAAGAAUGCACAAGAGAUAUCUUCGGCUGAGGCAGAGAGUUGAGUUUCCAGGGGAUACACAAAAUGAUGUGAAGGGCCCAAAUGCAAAGCCGGUGGAACAGGUUGAGACAGUGAGAGGCCAAAAUCAAGAAAGGGGUGAGGAGAUUGAGAAGCAGGAAGAAGAUUUGAGAUUCUCUGGCGUUAAAGGGUAUUCAAAUGGAGAUAGGCAUUCCAAGCGGCCUAAUAAAGUGAUUGAUUUGAACAUUUAGCAUCUUUAGUACUACUUUGUAUUGCUACAAUCUUCAAUUAUAACUUUGAUUAUGAGUAUCUGAACAUUGUAAACUCGUGAUUCUAAAAUUGCUACCCAAACCAGGAAUGGGAUGCUCAGGAA